AUGAAAUACGAUUUUGAACCUGUGGUUCAGAUGAAAUCAUCCACACCACUCUCAAAAAUAAGGAAAUCCAAUACUAUUCCUAACGCACCUUUGAAAGCUUGCAAAGUCCAUGGCUUGAUGAAAUUACAACUGGAGCAAGGGACGGAUUUGGUAUCGACACCGUGUAAGAAAUCGUCUCGGUUGAAUAAGGACUUACUCGCUGGUAGAGCCAUCACGAGACAAACUAUAAUCGUUUCCCAUUCGCAUGAUAUCAAAGCACUAUUGAAUCCUGAUAUUUCAGAAAUUUCACAAACGAAUUUAGAUGAAGUCAGUGAUGACGACACUAUAAGUCUCCCGGACAAUGAAGUUAAUAUAUUUGAUAAUGCUCCGUACUGUAUCCCAAAGGAAAGAAUUGUUAGUCCAUUGAGUGACAUAGAGGACGAUGAGAAAGAAAGUUUGAAAACGUUAUACGAUAGCUUGUCUCGUAACUCAAAUAGACUAUAUCGAACCGAAAAAAAUAUACUGAGAGGCCUAACUUCAGAAUCAGAAUAUACGUUAACAAAAGACAAUAUAGCGUCGCAUAACUGUGAUGGGGAUGGUACGUUUGAACAAUUUGAACAAGAAUAUAAAAAACAUUAUCCACAACAUAGAAACCCAAAUAUCCGUACAAAACCAUUAUUAUUAUAUCCAAAGGAACAUUUGAAUCUUUUGGUAACGUCAUCUAGGGGUUCAGUUGACGAUGCCACAAUAUUUGCAACUGAAGUUAAUUCAGUUACUAGAUUUGGUAAGGGGACGUCAGAUGACCAAAUGUUACCUAUGAUUACAAAUGAAUUACAAAAGAUUUCAAUACCGGUACUAACUUCAUUAGAAGAAAGGAAAAAUAUGAUAAAAAAUAAAUAUCAUAUCGAGGAACAAUAUGAACAACAAUAUUUCGGAAAUAGUUAUUCUGUAUGUGAUAAUAUUGACGAUCAGGAAUCGGAAUCUGCUAUUAUUAGAGGCUAUAGAUUCGAACAUGAUCAAUGUAACAAUAAUACAAAUGUAACAGUGAGAAAGGAAAAGCACAUAAGGUGGACGAAUUAA